AUGUCUGCUGAUGAUCUUGCCAAGGUUGAAGCCGCUCAACAGGCCGUCUUGAAGAAGACUCAUGGUGGCAAAGCAGGAGCCCAGUUUGUUCAAGAGGUCAAGGAGUCCCUGCUGUUUCAAUACAACUGGAACGAGCUUCUUUCCGCAGCUCCGACUGCCAUUACGUUGGUUGGUGCUUGCCAUGUUGCCGCGGCUUCACCCGAAGCCGCAGCUAUCAGCUUGGCUGACGCUCUCCCAGCUGGAGGAUUCAAGUAUUUGCGUGUUGCCAAAAGCCCAACCCUCAGGGCCUGUCUGGUAUGCGUUGCCUCGGAGGGUGACAAGGCAUUUCGCGUCGCAGGAAGCAACAUGUCAGCUAUUGCUGGCACGUCUUCUGAGCUCAUACAGACCGUCUCUCGUACUGUUGAGGCUAUCCAAGGCCUUCCAGACACUCAACGCAACUUGACGAACGAGCUUGGAAAGUUGCGAAGGAUGUCUAACAAUUGUCUCACCUACGCCCAGGACACCGAAAAGGCCUUUGAUACCUGGCUGCUAGCUGUUUCCGAGUUCCACCAGGCGUCUGUUCAGAAACAUGGUACCACUGAGCAGGAGUCACAAGACAAUCUGUCCGCCAAGUUACAGGCUGAGAUCGAGGCAAGCUACACAAACAAGGAACUCGAGAAGGCCGACAAUGCCGCUGAAGAGAUGAAAAAGUCGCUCGCCAAGCAGGAAGAGGCAUUUAAGGCCGCCAACGACGCUGUCCCGUCUGCUUGGGAGACCUGCGCUAUGGGUGCUUUGACUGCUAUUACUUCGGCAGGACCCGCACUUAUUGCCCAGGCACUACCUGCCAUUGUUAAUGCUGCGAAUCCCAUGUCUGCAGUCAAUGGAGUUGUAAACGGGCUCACUCAAGUUGGUCGCCAGGGUGCGCUCAACGCUCCCGGUGCACCACUCAUGGCCCAAGUUCUUCUCGGAGGCCAGCAAGGCGCUCAGCCUGGCGGCGCAACCCUUCAGUUCAACGACGCAACUCCUGAGACUGAUCCUGCAUAUGUCGCCGCCCCUCUUCUUGCUCCUUUCAUGACUACGCUCUUGACAUACCUUACUGCUGGUGAAGGCAAUACCCCCGACUGGUCAAAGUUCAAGGACCAGGCGUCUAAGGGACCCGGCACCGAGGGCCUUACUUGGCUCCUCAGCAAUCUCAAGAUGCAACAGAAGUCUGCAAAGCUGGGUACUAGUACACCUAGCACUGAGCUUGCCGCUGCCUUUGACUCCAGUAUUGCUAUCGUUGAGGCUGUCAAGAAGGAGGUUGCCAAUCAGCAAAAGCUUAGCUCCGCAAAGACUGAUCCAGCCUCCAUCAAAAAGUGGCAAGAUGCCAUUACCCAGGCCAAGCUCACUGUCACCAAGCUUGAGGCGACAGCAAAGUCGUUUCCUGGCUCCUCCUCGAACGCGCCGAAGAUGAACAAUAUCUCAGUGGAUAAGAAGGACAAUAGUGCCGUCACUGCCGCCCUGAGCACUGCCACCGAAAGGCUUGCCCUCAAUCAAAGGGCCCUUGAGACCGCCCAGGCCAACUACACUAAGGCUGUCGAAGCUGCCGCGGAGGUUCAGAAGAGGCUGACUGGCAUUCAAACUAAACUCCAGGGCAUCGAAAUUGCUGGUGCAGCCCUUGAGCGCGUCAAGGAGAUCUUGAUUGAAUGCAUCGCCAUUCUGGUUGAGCUCAAAGUGCAGAUCAGCAAGCUUACUACCUUCUUCAAUGCUCUUUCUACCAUGGUCAAGGUUAUCAUUGACACCAAGGUGAAGAACUUCGACACUGAUGCCACAGCUAUCGGCCAGGAGGCUUCUCAGAGGGGUAUGCUGAAGCUCAACAAUCUCGACAUCGAGACCAUCUAUAUCUCAACCCUGCAGAUCAAGGCGUACUUUGAUCUUCUACAGAUGAUCUGCCAGAUGUAUACCACUGUGCACGCCAAAUACGUUAACCCGGGCCUUGACCUUCUCACGGAACUAAGCAAGGUCACAAAGACUGCUGAAGAGAUCGCUCCCAAGCGCGAUCAGCUCAAUAACUUCACAGAUGCUGCGCAAAAGGCUAUAAAUGAACUUGUUGCUCAGAAACAGCAGGAAAUCUCGGACGGCCUUCAGAGCCGCAUCGACGCCAUUGCGGAGCAAACAGACAUAUUACACAAGGUCGGCGUUCCUAUGCCUGCGGCUGGCAUCAUUCAGGCUAUGAGGACUGGCGGUGAGGUGAUCCAGGAUGCAGUCAAAGAUAACCUGCCCAACGGUAUGCAUGUGGAGCGGAAUGCAAACGCUGCGUCUGACUUUUGA